UAUUGAGAGGGAGAGAUCAACGCUAGAAGGAGAUGGCACUCUCUAAUUGUUUCUGUUGGCAUGUAAAAUAGUCGUCACCUUAUUACUAAAUACAUCUUGUUCGGACCCUCCGAAAUAUACCGUAUAAAAUACUACAGUUCGCCUUAGAAAUAUACCGAAAAGCAAAGGCAAGAAACAGCAAACAAGCGACACACAAAUUAAAUUUGAUUUAAUCCGAAUGCUCGAAAACUAUAAUUAGAAGCAACUAAAAUAUGGUCGAUCCGAAUCGGAAAAUCAAUCGUCUGCCCGAAAAGGAUCACUUUCUGGAGGAAUGCGAGGCGGAGUUCGGCUCGCGCUACACAGAAGACGAUGAGGAGUUUAUGGCACACUGCAGCAAGCCAGUGCCCGGGCCGCCAAUUGUCGAGAACUGGAUGAGCGGUGGCGGAGGAGGAGGCGGCGGUGGUGGCGGCGGCGGCGGAGGAUACUCUGGUAACAAUCGAUACAAUGGCAAUCGCAGAGGAGGCGGAGAUCGUGGCUGGCAGCGGCGUGAAGGCGGAUAUCAUCAUAAUAACCAUGACAGGGGGGGAUUCAGAGACAAUCACAAUCGGAAUCGGAACAGAUACGAUCCCUAUCAGCGCAGAGAUCGUGGCCAUGGUGGUGGCGGCGGCGGGGAUGAGCACCAUGGUGGCGGUGGCCACAAGCGCUUCUUCGAUCAAAGACCUUCGCGCAACGACUCCCAGGGCAGGGAUCAGCCCCCGAUCAAGGUUCGACGCGACUAUGGUAACUUUGUGCCUGCAUCCAAGGAUUAGCAAUCAAAACUAUAUUAAGUGUUCUCCUCAAUGUUUGAUGUUUGAUCAAUUAUACACACACAUAAAAUAUACAUAUAUUUAAUUCAUUUUGCUUAACG